AUGUCGAGUCUGGAGUCAAAACGUAGACUUUUUCAUUUCAAGAAACAAGACAUCGAGGCACUGAGAGUAGGCUUCGUACUCGCCUGCAAAGCACUCACCAGAACUCCUGACGCUCACAAAAUGAGUUGGGUCUUAGUGAAUGCAGGCGCCGAUACGGACACGACUGAAAUUAAGACGGACUCGCUCAUGAUGGACUCUGCUGCUUCUCGGUCUUUAACAGCUGGGUGA